AAUGAAGGAAAUAUACCUGGCCGGUGCCGCAGCCGCCUUUACAGUCGACGUCCUCGUCUACCCCCUCGACACCCUCAAAACGCGCUACCAGUCCCAAGACUUUAUCAAAUCCCCCUUAACAAAACCCCUUGCCCUGCGCGGUCUGUAUCAGGGCAUCGGAAGCGUCAUACUCGCUACUCUACCUGCAGCCGGCGUCUUCUUCUCAACCUACGAAACCACCAAAUCAAUCUACACAUCCCACCUUCCCCUCUCCCUACCCACCCCCGUAAUCCACUCCCUCGCCUCCGCAACCGCCGAAAUGGCAUCCUGUCUCGUCCUCACUCCCGGCGAAGUCAUCAAGCAAAACGCCCAAAUGAUACAACAACAACAACAAGAAUCAUCAGCCUCAGCCUCACGCUCAGCCCCAAGCAGAUCAACGUCCUUGACGGCAUUCAAGAGGGUCCUCGCUUCCGGCAGAUUGUUCACCGGGUACUCUGCCCUCGUGGCGCGGAAUCUCCCGUUUACCGCUCUGCAGUUUCCGCUGUUUGAGCAUAUACGGGCUCGCUUAUGGGAGCACAGGACACGUUCAAGGGGGACGAACAAGGCGGAUGGGGAAACGAGGGGAGUGGCUGAAUCUGGACUGAUAGCGGGGAGCAGUGCCGCCAUUGCAGGAAGUAUAGCGGCCUUCCUCACGACACCAAGCGACGUGAUCAAGACGCGGAUAAUGGUUAGCACAGACAAUGAUGCCUCAACAACUAGGAAAGGAUUGGCUAGCAUCAAGGUGGUGCAGGAUGUAUGGAGAGAAAGGGGACUUAAAGGCUUCUUCCGAGGAGGGGCAUUCCGCUCUGCUUGGACGGCAGUGGGAAGCGGCUUGUAUCUGGGCAUGUAUGAUGCCGCGAAGCUGUGGAUCGAGAGGAGGCAGUGAACUCUUCGACUCUCAGGC